UCACUUUCUUCAACCAAAUUUCAAUACUCAAAAACUUUUGAAAGCUUCAAACCUCCAACUUCCAAACCCUAAAUCUCCGCAAUUCACUCAUGAACAUACAGAUACAAUCUACAUAAACACUCGAUCUCCUCCCAUUCUAUUGGAUCUGUGGUUGUCGGCGCUUCUAUCCACUGGUUUGGUGGAAAUUCGUCGUUGAAUUGCAUAAUCGCGAAGUUUGGAGGUCGAUUUGAAUCCAUGGAGGCUAUCGAGGAACUGGCGCAGCUCUCGGAAUCGAUGCGGCAGGCGUCGGCGCUGCUCGCCGAUGAGGAUGUUGACGAGACGGCGUCUUCGUCUUCCUCAUCCAAGCGCUCGUCCACUUUCCUCAAUGUCGUUGCUCUUGGAAACACUGGUGCAGGUAAGUCAGCUGUACUGAAUAGUCUAAUUGGGCAUCCAGCAUUGCCAACUGGUGAAGGUGGUGCAACCCGUGCUCCAAUAUGUGUUGACUUAACAAGGGAUAGUUCAUUAAGCAGCAGAUCUAUUAUGCUUCAGAUUGACAGUAAAUCUCAAGCAGUUUCUGCAAGUGCGCUUAAACAUUCAUUACAAGACAGGUUGAGUAAAGCAUCUGGCAAGAGCCGUGAUGAAAUAUAUUUGAAGCUCCGAACAAGUACAGCUCCUCCAUUGAAAUUGAUUGAUUUGCCUGGAACAGAUACGGGAAAUGUUGAUGAUUCUUUGAGUCUGUAUGCUGAACGCAGUGAUGCAAUUUUGCUGGUUGUAAUACCUGCUGCCCAGGCUCCUGAAGUUGCAUCAGCUAAAGCUGUUCGAAUUGCAAAGGAACUAGAUGGAGAAUGUACUAGAACCGUUGGAGUGAUUAGCAAAGUAGAUCAAGCAUCAUCAAACCCAAAAGUUCUUGCUGCAGUGCAGGCUCUUUUGCUAAAUCAAGGGCCUAGAAGUACCUCUGACAUCCCGUGGGUUGCUUUAAUUGGUCAGUCGGUUGCUAUAGCAUCUGCUCAAUCAAGGAGUGUUGGAGCUGAUAAUUCUUUAGAAAAUGCAUGGCAAGCUGAAAGUGAAAGUUUGAAAUCUAUACUGACUGGAGCCCCUCAAAGCAAGCUUGGGAGGUUAGCAUUGGUGGAGACCAUUGCUCAACAGAUCCGAAGUCGCAUGAAACUAAGGCUGCCAAAUCUUCUUUCAGGGCUCCAGGGCAAGUCCCAAGUAGUGCAGGAUGAACUUUUCAGGCUUGGUGAACAGAUGGUUCAUAGUUCUGAGGGUACAAGAGCAUUGGCACUGGAGCUUUGCCGUGAAUUUGAGGACAAGUUCCUCCAGCAUAUCACAACCGGAGAGGGUUCUGGCUGGAAAGUGGUUUCUAGUUUUGAAGGCAAUUUUCCCAACAGGAUCAAGCAACUGCCUCUGGAUCGACAUUUUGACAUUAAUAAUGUUAAAAGAAUUGUGCUUGAAGCUGAUGGUUAUCAACCAUAUCUUAUUUCUCCUGAGAAAGGGCUGAGGUCAUUAAUUAAAGGUGUUUUAGAGCUAGCGAAGGAAUCCUCACGCCUCUGUGUUGAUGAGGUGCACCGGGUGCUUGUUGAUAUUGUGUCAGCUUCUGCAAAUGCCACACCAGGCCUUGGGAGAUAUCCUCCUUUUAAGCGCGAGGUUAUAGCAAUUGCUACAAAUGCUUUGGAAGGAUUCAAGAAUGAAGCUAAAACCAUGGUAGUUGCACUUGUCGACAUGGAACGUGCAUAUGUUCCACCUCAACAUUUCAUACGUCUUGUGCAGAGGCGUAUGGAUAGGCAGCGACGUGAAGAGGAGUUGAAAGGCCGAUCUUCCAAAAAGGGUUCUGAGGCAGAGCAAUCAAUAUUGAAUAGGGCGACUAGCCCGCAAACUGGGGGCAGCUCAAAACCGAUGAAGGAUAGCAAAUCUGGUCUACAAGAUAAAGAUAAAGAUAAAGAUAAAGACAAAGACGCCCAAGAAGGAUCUGGGCUGAAGGUUGCAGGAGCAGAUGGAGAACUAACAGCAGGUUUUUUGUUGAAGAAGAGUGCGAAAACUAAUGGGUGGAGCCGCAGAUGGUUUGUCUUAAAUGGAAAAACAGGAAAACUUGGGUACACGAAGAAGCAGGAAGAGAGACAUUUUCGUGGUGUCAUUACAUUGGAGGAAUGUAAUUUAGAAGACGUUGCAGAAAAUGAGGAAACUCCUCCAGCGAAGAGUUCUAAAGAUAAAAAAGCAAACGGUCCAGAUUCGGGAAAAGUACCCAGUCUAGUAUUUAAGAUAACAAGUAGAGUUCCAUAUAAGACUGUCCUAAAAGCCAAUAGUGCCGUUGUUUUGAAGGCUGAAAGUGCUACUGACAAGGCCGAAUGGUUAAAUAAACUUAGAGAUAUUAUCAGUUCAAAAGGAGGUCAAGUGAAGGGUGAAUCUGGCCCUCCAUUGCGCCAAAGUCUUUCUGAUGGUUCUCUUGAAACAAUGACCAGAAGACCUGCCGAUCCAGAAGAAGAACUUCGGUGGAUGUCUCAGGAAGUGCGUGGUUAUGUUGAAGCUGUUCUUAACAGUCUUGCAGCCAAUGUCCCAAAGGCAGUUGUACUUUGCCAAGUUGAAAAGUCAAAAGAAGAUAUGCUAUUUAAGCUAUACAGUUCUAUAAGUGCUCAAAGCAUGGCAAGAAUAGAAGAGCUGCUCCAAGAGGACCAGAAUGUCAAGCGGAGGAGAGAGCGUAUCCAGAAACAGUCCUCUAUUCUUUCUAAGCUCACUAGACAACUCAGUAUCCAUGAUAACCGGGCAGCCGCUGCAUCCAGCUAUUCAAAUGGUGUUGGAGCAGUAGAAAGUCCAACCACUGCUGGUCCAUCAUCCGGGGAUGACUGGAGAUCUGCAUUUGAUGCUGCCGCCAACGGUCCAAACCUAUCCUACGGGGAUUCUAGAUCAAAUGGUCACAGCCGCCGAAACAGUGAUCCUUCUCAAAAUGGUGAUAUCAACCCUGGUGGGCGACGCACGCCCACCCGUGUUCCACCAGCUCCUCCAUCGUCUGGCUCUGGUUAUAGAUUCUAAGUUAGAUGGAAAUUUUGACAGUCGAUUCUUGCAAUUCUUGUCGGGUGUUUGAUCAGUUUCUCGAGCUCUCAUCGAGCUCUAAAUCUUGUUAUAGUUGCCCUUGCCCUUGCCCUUUUUGAGGAUUGAUCAAUAUAGACAUUUGUGUAUAUAGAUAUCUGGUUUAUGUUGUGGCUUCUGUCAGUUGUGUUUUGCAGCUGCUGAAGUUCACUUGUAUUGGUAGAACUCCUAUGGAAAAAAUUAUUAUCGUGAAUGCUAUAUAUAUGUAUUCUCCAAAUGUUUUGGGAAGAAUUAUUUUUUUGAA